AAAGAAUCCGUCAACCUCGCUGCCCUACACAGAGAACACCUGAGCCAAGAUGCCAACUCACCAUCUGUGCGAACUCUGCAGUACUGGUACGCCGGUGGUAGCAAGCUCAUAUCGCUUGCCGCAGGAGGAUCAUUCUACAUGCUGCUCUGGCUGGCCUACACUGAUCUACGAACGCCAUUCAUUGAGGCAGACGGCAAUAUAGCGUACGAUCUCGCAAAUAUACUUCGUAACCCGAAUAGCGAGAGCUCUGCAGGACGACUUGUCCAGAGCACCAUCAUACCAACGCUGGCGUUUCUCAGCCAACAAUGCCCCGUCAAACUCGGUGAAUUUUUCUCGACGAAUUUGCUCUCAGAGCUGGCGAUCUCUGCAGAGACCCUGUGCAGCGAUCUGAGCACAUCUGAUCGUCUCUUCGACGCUCUGCCCUCAAAGUAUGUUUCGAUACUCAAUGCUGACAUAAGAGAAUGCAGUUCAUUCCGAGCUCUUCCUCGCUCUUCCCUUGCCUGGGCCGCUUUUCAGUCACUAGAGCAGCCAGCGUUCAAGUUGACAGUGCCUCUCCUGACGACGCAGGUCACAUGCGUCACUUCACUGUUUGACCCUCAGCAAGCCACCAAUCGACAGUGUGUAGCGUCGUCGGACAGACAGAAGAACUCGAGAUGGACGGAAAUUCAAAGAGAAUUCGCUAAGGACGCAGUAGAACCGUCAACUGUCGACGGGUUAAGGAGGCUGGUAAGUUGCAUCCUACGUACCGCAGGGGUCGUUCUAACAGCCCUGAUUCUGUACAACGUACUCACCGUACACUCUUGCCACGGGGACAUUGUUGCCAGCAUAUGCAAGUCUAUGGAGCAAAGCAUGCGAGAUCGUCUCAUCGAUCGCUUGGCCAAUUGUUUUGAGCCCAACGCUCUGAAGGUAAUUGAUACCGCUCAGGAGCGCGGUGACCAUGUCUUCCAGGCACUUCAUUUCUCCUGGUACAACCGUCAUUGCACGACUGGACACGACGCUCCGACUGACGUACCUCCUAUGAACUUGAAGAGGACUGGUGGUUUGAAGACAAACUACCAUCAAAUGAUACCGUACCCCUCCAAGGACAUGGUGAACUCGACGAACGUCUCAAUCUACCAGUCCGUGAAGAAAAUCCUAGGUCCAGUGUUCGAGUGGCUGGAUAUGAAGUUCAAGGCGAUGAUCCCGGAUGUAUACGAGCGACUAGACGCAUACGCGUCUAUACUGCCUGGCAACAACCAGGCAGUCUCUGCGCCGUUUCUGGGCUUGGUCAUCAACCUCAACGUCUCAACUGCGGCUCAC